UUCUCUUUGAUUGCCGCAGUCUUCGUUUGGUUUUGAAUCAGUCAACAUCUGGUAGCUCGUCAUGGCUCAGGAUCCGAAAGCACUCUACUUCGCCGUGGGUCCCGGUCCCAACGAGAUCACCUGUCCGUAUUGCAGCUCCAAGGCGAAGACCCGUGUGGUGCGAUCCUGGCUGCGUUGUUGCACCAAGAGACACCACUGUGGUGCCUGCGGAGAGUACCUGGGCGUAUACCGCCGCCCGCAACUGUAGACCAUCCCUAAGGAUGUCAUCUAAUCAGCCUGGAAAAAAGAAUUCUAUUAUGGAAAAGCGUCUUCUCUGUGUCAUAUUUGGAUGUUAUUAUAAGCAAUAAAAACUGUGUUAAACUGUUUUUGAUAUUAUUAUUUCUCGUCAAAAUAUUACAAAUUAAAUAACCUAUAAAUAUCAA